AUGUUGGAUGCAUGUACCUUUCGUUCCACAUAUCCUACAAACUUGUGGAAACAACACACUGUUCAGAGGUCGAGGUGUCCUGUACACGGGCAUCCAGUACCCCAGUGUUCGGUUAAUCAAAUGAAUCAGGAGGUACAAUUCAGCACCGUUCCUGUUGCGAAAGCGCAAAAACAGAUACGCAGAGCGACACUGGUGGUCCUGGUAAUGUGCUCUUCAACAUUUUCUGUUGCAUUCCAAGUUUCUUCUGUUGCUUGUCCUGUGUUUCAAGCCCCUCCACUUCGCCUGCCGAUUUCAACGAAUGUUGCAACCUCAGGAAAAUGCGCAAGCAAAAGAAUGCGCUACGAUCGACUGUCUCGUUGCUGUCUUUUCGACUCUCCGCAGCAGCAGCCUCCUGUUCCAAAAUCUUCAAAUUUGUUUGUCGUAGUCACAGCCGUAUUUUCCAUGCUUACUGUCCUUGCCGCUACCGGAGUGCUAUGGAGCGAGUUUGCAGUAAUACGUACCGGAUGUGGGCCAACGAAUCUUUCGGACGACACGGAACGAGCCUUCUACGUUGUCGUCUUGGUUGUCGCUAGCUUGUCCGUCUUUUCGCGAAUCGUUGCAGGGCGUAGCUUGGAACAGCUCGCGCGUCUUUCAUGGGAAGAUAAGGAGGGGUUGUUUUUUCCCAUUCGUGUCGCUGAAGGAAUCACUACUGUGGCAGUUUUGGGGGUGUUUGCUGCACUGGGAUCCCAGAUUGUCCAUGGCGAGCGAAUGGAUGGAAUGUCCGGUAUUAACGUUGACAUGUGCAAAGCGAUUCAAGAGACAACAGUACAGCUUCCUGUGUCUAAGCUGUAG